AUGUUUUCGGAUCCUCGGUUGAUUAAGCUCUAUGCCUUGCUGACAAAGUACUGGGCCCCCAAGCCACGGUCAAAAAGGAAUUUGGGAGAAGAGGUUCAGGGCGCUAGUGGCUCGCAAGAACAAAAAGAGGGAGAAGAAGGCAACAAGUUGGGAGAAGAGGGGGCAGAGGGGGGAGAGGGGGGGGAAGAGGAGAUUCGAGAAGAAGAUCCAGAAAUCGCUGCAGAAGGAAGUGGCAGCCAAGAUGGGGGUGGUGAGGUAGGUGAAUCCAGCACUGGCAAAUCUGUGACCGAGAUGGAAACGGUCCCUUUUGAGGCCACCCAGGUCGCUGCACUGAUGACGUCCACCCCGAGCCCACAGAAUCCAAGGGGCGUACCAGAACCCACAGAGCUUCCAGAAAACAACGAGGUCGAACCAAAGGAGUCCCAUUUGACACCGCCAGCUGCCGAAGCUGCUCAGGAGCAAGCCUUGGAGGAUGGAUUGCCUGUGCCCACACACCGUGGUGAGCAGACCACUGCCAAAACCCAGGCCAGGAUGAAACGGCCAGCUAGCGUGAGACCGCCAGCUGCGAAAAAACCUGCAGCAGCAAAGGUUCCGACUUCUGCUGGACGGGGCCGGGGGGAAGGAAAAGGUCGAGGCAAAGGGAGGGGCAGAAAUGGCAGGAAAAGAAAAGCAGAGAAUUCACCUGAUGAGGGCGACACAGGCCUAGCAACACAACACUACUCACCAGAGGCCAGUGAACCGGAAUCAGAAAAACACAAUGCUGAGGUCACCCCAGCAGGAAAACCGAAGAGAAAAGCAAAGGCAAAACCAAAGGCAUGUGGGGAGCCGAAGGCGUCAGCUAAGACCAAACCUAGUCCAAAGAAACGUUCAGCAAAAGCAAAGGCCAAAGGACCCAAGGGUCGUUCCUCUUCCGGUGCAGCACCAUCAGGUGGAGGGAAAACAAAGGGAACUUUUGGUCGACGUUGGCAAGGAUCCAAAGAGCCCAUGAAAACUUUCUGGAGUUCCGUGCGGAAAGCCUUCGAGGAUUUUGUUGAGCCCAUGGUGAAU